AUGCCACCAGUCCUGAUUCUCCUGACCCUUCUUCUGAUGCUUGGUGCUGGUGGAGAGGAGAUCAUCGGGGGACAUGAGGUCAAGCCCCACUCCCGCCCCUACAUGACAUUUAUUAAGUAUGUGGAUGACAAUGGGUAUAGGAAAUACUGCGGAGGCUUCCUGGUACGAGACAACUUCGUGCUGACAGCCGCUCACUGCCUGGGAAGCUCAAUGACAGUCAUUCUUGGGGCCCACAACAUCAAGGCACAGGAGGAUACCCAGCAGAUCAUCCCUGUGGCAAAAGCCAUUUCCCACCCAGACUACAAUCCUAGUGACCACUCCAAUGACAUCAUGCUCUUAAAGCUGCAGAGGAAGGCCAUUAGAACGAAAGCUGUGAGCCCGCUCAAGCUACCCAGGGCCAAUGCCCAGUUGAAGCCAGGGUAUGUGUGUCGCCUGCCUGGCUGGGGGAGAAAGUCUCUCCAUGCCACUAAAGGAACGGAUCUCCUGCAAGAGGCAGAAUUUACCAUACAGGAUGACCAGAAAUGCAAACACCUCUUCCACAACUACAUCAAGACUAAAGAGAUUUGUGCUGGAGACCCAAAGGAAAUACAGGCUGUUUUCAAGGGUGACUCUGGGGGACCCCUUGUGUGUGACAACACAGCUUAUGGAGUUUUAUCCUGUGGAGGAGACGAGACCAUCGCUCCAGGAAUCUUCACUAAGGUCGUGUCCUUCCUGCCGUGGAUAAGAAGCAGCAUGAAGCCUUCUAACAGGUGCUAA